AUGGCCGACUUUCGAUCUGGGCCCCAGCCUAUCCACAGUCGAUCUCAAGGUCGCCGCCAGUCUGUUUUGUCAGAGUUCAUCCCCGAAAGCCUGCCAUACCCCCCUUCAUUUCUAGCGACUUCCCCGAUUGUUCGCGAAAUCUUGACCAGAGAUAUUGCCGAGUGCUCCUCGGACGACGACUCCCAAACCCAGGUAUCAAACGCCGAAUCACAGACAGAUGGUCGUCCAGAAGAUGCCAAACUCGCCUUCCACCCCAACGGCGUUGCCUACGGGUCUGGCUACUCGACUAUAGCUAUUCAAGGAUUGGACCGGCCCGUUCCCAAUCCGCGCGAGGUCGAAGAUUCUCUCCAGGCAGAAAUAAGUCUCCUACGCGAUAAUGCUAUUCUGCCACCAAAACAUCCACGUUCUCAGCGUAACAAUGUCUUUUGGCGCCUUUAUCGACGACUUUUCAGCACCAAGAUCAAGGACCACGAAGACCCGGAGCCCCUUUUCCAGGAUGCCCCCGCCGCUGAGACAACACCUCUCCUCGGAGGAGGAACACCCGAGGUCGACGAGACCCUGCCGACACCUCCCGCCGAGGAGAUUUACGAGCGGUUCGAAGAGGCUGUGGCAGCCCAAGCCAUCAGGACGACUUGGCAGAGAGAGACCAAGACAUUGGUCCAGUACGCAGCUCCCCUGAUUGUGACCUUUCUCUUGCACUACUCGGUCACUAUUGGGAGUGUCUUGACGGUCGGACGCUUGGGAAUGGUGGAGCUGGCCGCCGUGAAUCUGGCUACCAUGACGGCAAGCAUCACCUGCUACGUUCCUGUUCAGGGCCUCUCCACCUGUCUAGACACGCUUUGCGCCCAGGCGUACGGCUCGGGGCACAAGCACCUCGUCGGCCUCCAAGCCCAACGGAUGACGUGGCUUCUCUGGAUCCUCAUGGUGCCCAUUGCUGUGCUGUGGUGGUUUUCGGAGCCUAUUUUGUCCGUUAUGGUCCCAGAUCAGGAAACGGCCUCGCUUGCCGCGCUCUUUUUGCGAGUUCUUAUCGUAGGAAUGCCCGGAGUCGCAGCCUUGGAGAGCGGUAAAAGAUUCGUCCAGUCCCAGGGCUUAUUUCAUGCCACGACGUAUGCCUUGCUCAUCGGGGCGCCCGUGAGCUUCGCUCUCAAUUACUUGUUUGUCUUCAAGUUUGACUGGCACUUUGCGGGGGCCGCCACAGCGAUGGCCAUUACCCAGAAUCUCUUGCCGCUCUUGCUGGUGGCAUACGUGCGGUUUUUGGAUGGCUCUCAGUGCUGGAACGGUUUGACGCGCAAGGCCUUUAGCAACUGGGGACCCAUGAUCAAACUGGCGCUACCUGGUAUGAUCAUGAUUGAAGCACAGUUCUCCGUGCUGGAAAUCUUGACAAUCGCCGCUGGCCAAUUUGGGACCGCGCAACUUGCAGCACAGAGCGUGCUUGUCACCGUUACCUCCACCUCAUUCAACAUUCCAUUCCCGUUGGCCAUUGCCACAUCCACUCGAGUCGCCAAUCUCAUCGGGGCGCACCUGAGCGACGCUGCCCGGGUUACUGCCAGAGUGGCCAUUGUCGCAGGAUUCAUUGUUGGUUGCUUCAACCUGGCCGUAUUCGUUGUGCUGAACGAGACCAUUCCACGCAUCUUCACGGAAGAUGACGAGGUUGUCGGCAUCGCCAAGCGCGUAAUUCUUGUCUGUGCUUUAAUGCAGAUUUUUGAUGCCUUGGCUGCUGUAUCUCACGGCAUCUUGCGCGGCGUUGGCAGACAGGCCAUCGGAGGCUAUGCCAACCUGUUUUCGUAUUACUUGGUCGCCUUGCCCAUCUCGUUGUCGACGGCGUUUGCGCUAGAUUGGAAGCUGAGCGGGCUUUGGACAGGACUGACUAUGGGGCUUGCCGUUGUGUCGGCACUCGAGCUCCUCUACCUCUACAAUGCUGACUGGGAGAGUGCUGUUGCCCAGGCCGAAGAGAGGAUGAAGUCUGAGGAUGUUUCGAAUGAAGCCAAGUUAAGUCCUGCGUGAGGAGGUGCAGAGUGUGGAUGAUGCCAACAAUAUUGAGGGCAUCUUCUUGGGCUGAAAAAAUAUCUGUUUAGUUUUAAAUGGGUGCCGGAAGCUGACCUCGUGAGGUUAAUGGUGUCACCGACUGGGCAAGGGAUGGCUUUUCGAGACUCUUUACAGCUUGCCAUGCUUGAUCAACCCCAUAUAUCUGAUUAUAGACUGCUUUGUUCUUAACCAGGCAUGUAUAUGCAUCGCUGUAUCAAACGAUUUGAUCCAGGCUAGAGUGAACAGGGUCAUGAAAGUCCUCCCGCAAGCAAAACCCAGCCCAGAUGAUGUUUCCAUCAAGCCCACGGCCUCCACAGAGAUGAAACCG